UUCUCCUCUUCUUCAGUGAGGACCCCGCGGCUGCUCCGCUCUGCGCCGCGCCGCGCCCCGCCCCGGGCCGGGAAUGCGCUGUUGGGCGGCCGGAGCUGCGCGUCGGGGGGGAGAGCGGGAUGGAGGUGGAGGAGGCGUUCCCGCUGGUGGGGCAGAUGGGGCCCUACCAGGUGUACCUGUGCGUCCUGCUGGCCGUGCUGCUGCAGCUCUAUGUGGCCACUGAAGCCAUCCUCAUCGCAUUGGUGGGCGCAACUCCUCCCUACCACUGGGAUCUCCAAGAGCUCUCAGCUAACCAGAGCCAUGGCAACCAGUCAGUGAGCGAGCAGAGAGCUUUUGGGGAAUGGCUUCUGACCGCCAAUGGCAGUGAGGUGCAUAAGCACGUACACUUCGGCAGCAGCUUCACAUCAAUAGUCUCUGAGUGGUUUUUAAUUGGCAACACAUCAUACAAAGUGAGUGCUGCCAGCUCUUUCUACUUCAGUGGUGUGUUUGUUGGAGCAAUCUCCUUCGGCCAGCUCUCUGAUCGCUUCGGGAGGAAGAAAGUCUAUCUCACAGGUUUUGCUCUCGACAUCUUGUUUGCCAUUGCAAAUGGAUUCUCACCUUCAUAUGAAUUCUUUGCCAUCUCUCGCUUCUUGGUAGGGAUGAUGAAUGGUGGGAUGUCACUGGUGGCCUUUGUUCUACUGAAUGAGUGUGUGGGUACUGCUUACUGGGCAUUAGCAGGAUCUAUUGGUGGCUUGUUCUUUGCUGUGGGAAUUGCCCAGUAUGCGUUGUUAGGGUACUUCAUUCGUUCCUGGAGGACGCUGGCUGUUGUGGUUAACCUGGAAGGAACAGUCGUCUUCCUCCUCUCUCUAUUCAUCCCAGAGUCCCCCCGCUGGCUGUAUUCCCAAGGCCGGCUGAAUGAAGCAGAAGAUGCCCUCUACCUCAUUGCAAAGAGGAACCGCAAGCAGAAGUGCACUUUCUCAUUAAAACUCCCAGCAGAGAGGAGCUCCAGAGAGGCUGGCAGCUUCUUGGACCUGUUCCGAUACAAGAUCCUCUUGGGACGCACGUUGAUCAUGAUGUUUACCUGGUUUGUGUGCAGCUUGGUUUACUAUGGUCUUACCCUAAAUGUGGGUGACUUCGGUGGAAGUAUUUAUGCCAAUUUAGCCCUUUCAGGGUUGAUAGAAAUCCCAGCAUACCCAAUCUGUAUUUACUUGAUUAACCAAAAAUGGUUUGGUCGGAAGCGAACACUGAGCACAUUUCUGUUCCUGGGAGGAUUGGCUUGUCUUAUUGUCAUGUUCCUUCCUAAAAAGAAAGAUACUGGAGUGUUCGCAGUGGUGAAUAGUCGCUCUCUGUCUUUGCUGGGGAAACUGACAAUCAGUGCUGCAUUUAACAUUGUCUACAUCUACACAUCAGAACUUUAUCCCACAGUGAUCAGAAAUGUUGGAAUGGGUGCCUGCUCCAUGUUUUCCCGGGUCGGCGGAAUCAUUGCUCCAUUCGUCCCUUCAUUGAAAUCUGUACAGUGGUCUCUGCCUUAUAUUGUCUUUGGAGCAACUGGUCUUUUGUCUGGACUCUUAAGUUUAUUAUUGCCAGAGACCUUAAACAGCCCUUUGCUAGAAACUAUUUCAGACCUGCAGGUGUGCUCAUACUGGAGGCUGGGUGAUGAAGCCAUGUCAUUGCAAGCCCUAGAUGGCUCUCAGUCUGGAGACAAAGACUGCUCUACAGGGAGUGGAAGUGAAGAUGAGGAGUUUUAUGAUGCUGAUGAAGAGACUCAUAUGAUCAAGUAAUGAAAAGAAGAAACACUGUCCUAUUUUAUGCCUUUUCUUAAUUGUCUGGGCAGUCCAGCCGUAAGAUGAGUACUGGGGACCUCGUCUGUCAAGGAAUGUCGCUGGGCAAGUGCCUGUGUUUCUCCUGACUAGCAGAGGGGUUUGAGUACUGUUCAGACUAAUUACACCACUGAUGCUCUCCAUACCAGGCAUCCAUUCAAAUUCUUAUGGUUUAUGGUGAUGGUGCAUGGACCACAGUUGAAGUUAGGUGAGACAGCAAGGGUAGGACUGUGUAUGUGUGAAGCCUGGGCAAUCACCUAGGCUUAGACAUGUUUGGACAGCUCAUCAGUGCACGUUUGUAUUCUGUUUUCAAGGUGGUUGAUUUUGAUUCAGUAUAAAUUGAUAAAUUUGGAAACAUCCACUGUUUGUUUUUAUAUACGGUGCAAGUGGUCUCAGAGUGUGCUGUGUUGCUACUUCAGUGGGAACAAAUUCCUGAAAUUGUAUGUUAAAAUGGCUUCUGCAUAUUGAAUAGGGGAGAGGCAACUAUGAACAUAAGGUUUCUCUCUCUCCACAUAGGCACUGUAUAAAGUUACAGGGUGCAUCUGGUUAGUCAUGAGCUGUGCAUUCAUUAAGUUAGCUAUAAUGGAAGUCUGGGAGGAAGGACUAUAGAAAAGAGCAACCAUAAAGCCUGCAGAAUAAAGGACAUUACUGAUCUCUUUUUUCCCUUCUUUUCAUCUACCAAGUGUUUUCUUGGGGUUAGGCCUACAUCUGCCACAUCUUCCGCCACAUCUUCCCCCCCAUCUCAGCACUGCUGUUUGUAGCUUUGCCUACCUUUACCUUGUCCUCACUCUGCCAUAAAUAUUGAACCUCAGCAAUUUCUCUGUGCAGUGAAAUAUUCUGUGAAGUAUAUAAUUUCCUGGCUGGGACAUAGGUGAAGUAUUUAUCACAUACUCUGUGUUGUGAGGUAUGUGUUAGAACAUAUAGCUCAUCUUUUGUUCACCUAUCUGUGUCUUUAUUUCUGAAAGAAACUGGAUUCUGAAGUGAUACGAGGAACUGUGGGUUGCUGUUACAUUUUGGAGAUUAUUGCCAGGAAGCUGCUAGUAUUUAUUUUAAAAUCUUGUGUGUAGAUAGUUAUUUAAAAUAAAGAGGGGAAGAGGGUGGGAAGGCAAAACCUCUUUGAGAUAGCAUUUGGUUACUUGAUGUUGUUUCUUAACCAAGUGCUUGCUCAAGCAGUUAGUUACUUGACCUUGUUGAGGAAGACAGCUUCACUCUCCAGUUGACACUGAGUGCUUCAUUAGAAGGAUAUGGAAUACUGAAAUAUGAAACAAACACAAGAGAUGUUUCAGCUACAAAGAUGAGGCCUUACAAGGGUUCAGCUUUCUUGAUGAUGUUGCUGUCUUCAUCCUCUAACCUGUGGCUUUGUGCUGAUUAGAAUUGACUUCCAUGAAACAUUUGUUAGUCAUUAUACAUGGAGUUCCUAGCAAAGAGCCACGCAGUGGCAGCAAGUCUAUUGUCAGGCUCGCUAGCCAUUGUUGUGCAUGUUAGACUAAGGGAAAGCUGACUGCUGAAUGUUU